GAAGCCCAGCGCAUCGCCCACGUCAACCAGCUCUCGGCCUGGCUGCUGCAAAACAGCACAAUCUACAACAUCUUCCUCACGGGCAUCACCCACACGCGCAUCGCCCGCGGCAGCGUCACCAGCCGCCUGACGCUGACGCCGGCGCACGUCAACUCCAAGGGCGGCCUGCACGGCGCCGUGUCCGCGGCGUUCAUCGACUUCACGACGGGGCUGGCCAUUGCGUCGGUCGACCUGCGGGACAAGACGGGCGCGAGCGUCGACAUGCACAUCAGCUACCUGAGCAGCGCGGCGGGCGCGGGCGACGAGGUCGAGAUUGUGGCGACGGCGGAAAAGGUCGGCGGGUCGAUGGCGUUUGUGACGAUUUUGAUUUCAAAGGUGGACGUUGUGGAUGGCGAGGAGAGGCGGACGAUUGUGACAAAGGGGCAUCAUACCAAGUUU